AUGGAGGUGGUGGUGGCAGAAAUGGCAAAGUUAAAGCAUCCUAUCAGUUGCAAGGCUUUGACAAAGACGCCAAAGGAUCAAAAGCCGCCACUAUUCACAGGCGAUUUUGUACCAAACAAUCCACCACAAAACAAAAUCUACUCUUUUGAUUUGACCAAAGUUGACAUUAUGUUCGAUGAGAUGCUCUUAAAAAAGGCCAUAGAGACGCCUCAUAGAUUGCCUAAACUGGAAGAGCUCAAGGGAAGGCAGUAUGGUAUAUGCACAACUCUUGGAAUCAUUCCACCAACAGUUGUCUUGUUUUCAUGGACGUUGUACAAGAAGGGAUAA